AUGAUAUGUAAGUGUUUUAGAAACAUAAUGGAAAGCAUGGACGUUGCUCAAGAAGGUACGUCGGCUGCAUCCACACCGAUUCAGGAAAAUGGACCCGAUAAAAAUGUUACGGCCGAAGAGAUGACAUCGCGAGACUAUUAUUUCGAUUCAUACGCACACUUUGGUAUACACGAGGAAAUGUUAAAAGACGAAGUACGCACGCUUACUUACCGGAAUGCUAUGUACCAUAAUAAGCAUUUAUUCAAGGGAAAAACAGUAUUAGAUAUUGGAUGUGGUACAGGAAUCCUCUCAAUGUUUGCUGCAAAAGCUGGUGCUGCCAAAGUUCUAGCCAUUGAAUGUUCUAAUAUCGUAGACUAUGCUCGGAAAAUUGUGGAGGCAAACAGGCUCAGUGAUGUCAUAGAAAUUAUUAAAGGAAAGGUGGAGGAAGUGGAACUACCAGUUGAAAAGGUGGACAUCAUAAUCUCAGAGUGGAUGGGAUACUGUCUUUUCUAUGAGAGCAUGCUGGAUACGGUUCUCUAUGCUCGUGAUAAGUGGCUUACAGAAGAUGGCAUGCUCUUUCCUGAUAGAUGCACAUUAUUCAUCUGUGGUAUUGAAGACCGUCAGUACAAGGAUGAGAAAAUUAACUGGUGGGAUGAUGUGUAUGGCUUUGACAUGUCAUCCAUUAGGAAAGUGGCCAUCUCAGAGCCACUUGUUGAUGUAGUUGAUGCAAAGCAGGUGGUCACAAACUCUAGUUUGUUAAAAGAGAUUGAUUUAUACACUGUCAAGAAGGAAGACCUGAACUUUGAGGCAAAAUUCCACCUACAGGUCCGCCGUAACGAUUUCAUCCAGGCGCUUGUUACGUUCUUUAACGUUGAGUUUACGAAGUGUCACAAACGCCUCGGCUUCAGCACCGCCCCGGAGGCGCCCUAUACUCAUUGGAAGCAGACUGUGUUCUACUUCGACGAGUACAUGACGGUGAAAAAAGGCGAGGAGAUAAGUGGCAUGUUCAGCAUGCGCCAGAACGCGAGGAACAACCGCGAUCUGGACUUUGAGCUGGAGAUCAACUUUAAGGGUGAGCUUUGCCAGGUGCAAGAGAAGAACCACUACCGGAUGCGUUGA